AUGGAGCACUCCCAACACGUCGAGGCCGGCGACAAAGUCCCCGACAUCGAUUUCGACGAUGUCAAGGGCAACUCCAAUGCCGCCCAAGAGGCCGCCAUGGACGCCGAAAUUGCUCGUCUAGAGAUGGCGGCUCAAGGCCUGAAGCGACCAAAAUUCGAAUUGUCGUUUUCCAACCCUGCAACAUUCACCUAUGUCCUCGUUGGAUUUGCGUCUCUUGGUGGUUUGCUAUCUGGUCUUGACCAGUCGCUUAUCAGCGGUGCCAAUAUUGAUUUGCCCAUCGACCUGAAUUUGUCUUCUAACCAGGCCAGUUUGGUUAACUCCGGUAUGCCUCUGGGUGCCGUUGCGGGUGCGCUCAUCCUGUCGCCAUCCAACGAAUACCUCGGUCGCAAGAACUCCAUUAUCCUGUCAUGUAUCUUAUACACUAUCGGUGCCGCUUUCGAGGCCGGCGCUAUCAAUUUCGGUAUGAUGUUUGCCGGUCGUUUCAUUCUUGGUGCUGGUGUCGGUCUCGAAGGUGGUACUGUCCCCAUCUACGUCGCCGAAAGUAUCUCGUCCUCACUUCGAGGAAAUCUGGUUUCUUUGUACCAGCUCAAUAUCGCUUUGGGCGAGAUUCUGGGUUAUGCCGUUGCUGCCAUGUUCAUUGGCGUCAAGGGCAACUGGCGAUACAUCCUCGGUUCAUCCCUGGUCUUUUCGACAAUCAUGUUAAUCGGCAUGUUUUUCCUGCCUGAAAGUCCGCGUUAUCUCAUGUUCAAAGGCCGCGAACAAGAGGCAUACACAGUCUGGAAGAAGAUCCGUGGUUUUGACACAUACGAAUCUAAAGCCGAGUUUCUUGGUAUGCGCGAAACAUGCCAUAUCGAAAACGAAGAGCACAGCAACACUAAGAAAUAUCCCUGGAUGGACUUCUUCACAAACCCCCGUGCUCGUCGUGCACUUGUCUAUGCCAACAUCAUGGUCUUCCUGGGCCAGUUCACCGGUGUCAAUGCAGUCAUGUACUACAUGAGCGUGUUGAUGGAAGGAAUCGGCUUCACACCCAAGAAUGCAGUCUUCAUGUCCCUCGUUGGCGGCGGUGCAUUGAUGCUUGGCACAAUCCCCGCUGUGCUUUACAUGGAACGAUUCGGUCGUCGCUACUGGGCUAAUCUCAUGCUCCCCGGCUUCUUUAUUGGUCUCAUCUUCGUCUCUACCUAA